AUGGUCACUCGCAUCACCCAAGCUUGGAUGAAACAUAACCCCGGUUACUUCACUUUUAGGAGGCCUACUUACGACGAAGAUGAGAGUAUCCGCCACAGCGAACCCGCGCUUGCAUUCCAGCUUGAAUUGGGAAGGCUUUCCAAGUUCAAAAUCAAGCCUGUAUUUACGGAAAAUAGAAAUAUUCACGUUUACGAGGCAAUUGGGAAAGGGCCAGAGAGCGACAAGGCCGUCGAUAAACGAUAUUUCACGCGUGCUGUGGUUCGACCUGGGCGUCUGCGGGAUGACAUACCCACGGCGGAGUAUCUUAUUUCUGAAGCUGACAACCUGAUGAAUGACAUCCUCGACGCGCUCGAAAUUAUUGGCAACAAUAACUCCGACUUGAACCAUAUCUUCAUCAACUUUACGCCCGUUUUCCCGCUUGAACCCGCUGACGUUGAAAGGGCACUGGCAGGCUUCCUGGAACGGUUUGGGCGACGGCUCUGGCGCCUUCGCGUGACCGGGGCUGAAAUUCGCAUCCUUUGCACGGAGCCUACGACUGGCAUGGCCUAUCCCCUCCGCGUCGUAAUCAACAACACCUCGGGAUACAUUAUCCAGGUUGAAAUGUACGCUGAGCGGAAAUCCGAAAAAGGAGAAUGGAUAUUCCAUAGCAUCGGCGGCACAACGAAGAUUGGGUCUAUGCAUCUUCGUCCCGUAUCGACGCCCUACCCCACAAAGGAAUGGCUGCAGCCGAAGCGAUAUAAGGCUCACUUGAUGGGUACCCAAUAUACAGGCAUCCAGAACUACUGGAGCAAGGCCGUUGAGGAGCACUCCCCACUUGCCGACAAACGACCUGCCGUGGGCGAGUGCAUCGACUACGCUGAACUCGUGCUCGACGAUACUGAUAACUUGAUCGAAGUAGUUCGCGAGCCCGGAACAAACACACAUGGAAUGGUUGGUUGGAUGAUCACUGCCAAAACCCCUGAGUACCCACGUGGUAGGCGCUUCAUAAUCAUCGCGAACGAUAUCACCUUCCACAUUGGAUCUUUCGGGCCUCAAGAAGAUAAAUUCUUCCACAAAUGUACGGAACUUGCGAGGAAGCUGGGGAUUCCGCGGAUCUAUCUUUCUGCUAACUCCGGUGCACGCAUUGGAAUGGCAGAGGAGCUCAUGCGUCAUUUCUCAGUAGCAUGGAAUGAUCCCGAGCGGCCGGAGGCUGGCUUCAAAUACCUCUAUUUGACGCCGGAGGUGAAGAAGAGAUUAGACGCGAGGAAGACAAAGGAUGUCAUAACGGAGCCAGUUAUAGAAAAUGGUGAAGAACGACAUAUGAUCACUACUAUCAUCGGUGCUGAAGAUGGUCUUGGUGUCGAAUGUCUAAGAGGCUCUGGUCUCAUCGCCGGCGCUACCUCUAAGGCUUACGAGGAUAUCUUCACUAUUACUCUUGUGACCUGCCGUUCUGUUGGAAUUGGCGCUUACCUCGUUCGUCUGGGCCAAAGAGCGAUUCAAGUUGAAGGACAGCCAAUCAUCCUGACUGGAGCUCCUGCCAUUAACAAACUCCUUGGACGAGAAGUGUAUACGUCUAAUUUGCAGCUGGGUGGAACGCAAAUAAUGUACAAGAACGGCGUUUCUCAUAUGACGGCCAACGAUGACUUUGAAGGCAUACAAAAGAUUGUCCAAUGGAUGUCGUUCAUCCCCGACAAAAAGAAUUCUCCUGUCCCAAUCAGAUCAUAUUCGGACACGUGGGAUCGGGAUAUCGGGUAUUAUCCUCCAGCGAAGCAAACUUACGAUGUCAGAUGGCUUAUCGCUGGUAAGCAGGAUGAUGAGGGUUUCUUACCUGGCAUGUUCGACAAGGAUUCCUUCCAGGAAGCGCUCGGGGGAUGGGCCAGGACUGUGGUUGUUGGACGUGCCAGGCUCGGUGGUAUCCCCAUGGGUGUCAUCGCAGUCGAGACCCGGUCCGUCGACACCGUCACACCAGCUGAUCCUGCGAAUCCAGACUCGAUGGAGCUGAUUUCCACGGAGGCUGGCGGUGUCUGGUAUCUGAAUUCAGCUUUCAAAACCGCACAGGCUCUCAGGGAUUUCAAUUUUGGCGAACAGCUUCCUGUCAUGAUCCUUGCUAACUGGCGAGGCUUCUCUGGUGGCCAGCGCGACAUGUACAAUGAGGUUCUCAAGUAUGGUUCCUACAUCGUCGAUGCCCUUGUCAAAUAUGAGCAGCCCAUUUUCGUUUACAUCCCACCAUUUGGGGAAUUGCGUGGUGGCUCGUGGGUUGUGAUUGAUCCUACGAUCAAUCCAGAGCAGAUGGAGAUGUAUGCCGAUGAGGAGUCUCGCGGUGGUGUCCUUGAGCCUGAAGGUAUUGUCAACAUCAAGUACCGCCGCGAUAAACAGCUGGAUACCAUGGCCCGUUUGGACCCUGAAUACGGCGAACUCAGAAAGGCCCUCAGCGACAAAUCCCUGCCCGACGACCAGCUUUCCAAGAUCAAAGCGAAAAUGACCGCAAGGGAAGAACAGCUUCUCCCAGUCUACAUGCAAAUCGCUCUGCAAUUUGCCGAUCUCCACGAUCGCGCUGGCCGCAUGGAGGCGAAGGGAACCAUCCGCAAACCUCUCCAGUGGAGGAACGCCAGGCGGUUCUUCUAUUGGCGCCUGCGCCGCCGUCUUAGCGAAGAGCUCAUCCUCAAACGCCUGGCGGCCGCUGCCCCAUCUACCGGCAUGCGCAACGGCGCAAUCCCAACCACCGGCGUCUCGGCAUCCCCUCGGCCGGCUCCACCAACCGCCCGCGAGAUCAAUCUCAAUACGCUGAAAUCGUGGACCGGGAUGCUGGACCGGGAGUUUGAUACCAAUGACCGCAAGGUUGCGCUCUGGUAUGAAGAGAACAAGCGGAAGGUGCUGGAGAAGGUUGAGGAGAUGAGGACGGAGAGCACCGCAGUGGAAGUUGCGCAGUUGCUUAUGGGAAAUAAGGAUGGUGGGCUCAAGGGCGUGCAGCAGGUGUUGAGUAUGCUUCCCAUGGAGGAAAGGGAGGCUGUGUUGACGUAUUUGAGGUCUUAG